CGGGCGGCGGGGGCGGGCGCCGUCCGGGCCGCGCUGAUCGCAGCGCGCCAUUGGCCGCUGUCUGCGCGCACGUCACGAUCAUGAUGAGAAUUAAUGAUCGGGGCCGCUGAUUUCAUUGUGUGACGCCGGGACCGACCCAGCCGAGCCCGGCCGAGCCCGGAGCCCCCGCGCCGGCCCCGCGCUACACGUGCCAAUGUGUUGCCAACCAGCUGGACACCAAAAGCUCACAUGUUUGUUUGCUAAGCUUGUCAAGUCAAGAUCAAAAUGAAAUUAUGAUAAAAAUCCCUGUGGAUUUCUAACUUGGAGUCUGAGGUUCAAGACAAAGAUGAAUCUGCGUUCUGUAUUUACUGUAGAACAACAAAGGAUAUUGCAGCGUUACUAUGAAAAUGGAAUGACAAAUCAAAGUAAAAAUUGCUUUCAGCUCAUAUUACAGUGUGCACAAGAAACUAAACUGGAUUUCAGCGUGGUCAGGACGUGGGUUGGCAACAAGCGGCGGAAGAUGAGCAGCAAGAUCGCCGUGGAAUCUGGGGGCACCCCCCCGGGCACUGCCCCCGCCACUCCCUCCGUGCCCCCGGAGGCAGCAGUGAGAAACGUGGUGAAUAUUGCUCGAUCCCAAAGCCAGCAAUCCUCUUGGACCUCUUCUAACAACGACGUGAUAGUGACCGGGAUCUACAGCCCUGCUGGCUCCUCGGGCCGCCCGGGAGCCGCCAAGCACACGAAUGCCUCUGUGGCAGAGCUGCACAAAACCUCCAUCCCACGGCUCCCGGGCAAGAGCGACGCGGACUUCCAGCAGCAGCACAUCCCUCUGGGGCGGCAGGUACAGGUACCCCACUGUAAAAACGCUUCCCUCUUGGUGGGGGAAAAGACCAUUAUUCUCUCCAGGCAAACGAGCGUGCUCAAUUCUGCAAACUCCAUCUACAGUCACACGAAGAAAAGCUACGGCAGCUCCUCGGUGCAGACGGCGGAGCUGGUGUUACCUCAGAAACCCAUGAUUUGCCACCGGCCCUGCAGGGCCGAGCCCUUGGCGUGCCAGCGCUUGCACAAGGCCGAGCCCGCAGCCCUGGCGCCGCACAUGGCCCCGGGGCCGAGGGCUCACCCCAGGGAGCCGGGCUGCGGCACCCAGAACCUGGAGAUCCGCGAGGUGUUCUCGCUGGCCGUCACGGACCAGCCGCAGCGCCUGGUGCCGGGCAGCGCCGCGCAGAAAGCGCCCUCGCUGGAGGGCAGCUGCCUGUCCAUCGCCAUGGAGACGGGCGACGUGGAGGACGAGUACGCCCGCGAGGAGGAGCUGGCCUCCAUGGGGGCGCAGAUCCAGAGCUACUCCAGAUACUGUGAGGGCAGCGGCUCCGGCCGCGGGGACAACCAAAGCACGGCCGCGGCCGGGCCGGGCCGCAGCGGGGCCUGCGGGGCACAGCUGGGCCCUGCCCGCGACGGGCCCGACAAUCUCCUGUACCACAGCAGAGAGUUCCACCUGCCUGCACGGACCUCAUUGCACACAGCAUCCAGCACGAUUUAUAACCCUGCCAACGCAGCCAGAAGUACCUUUUCUCCUCAUUUUACAUCUUCAAGUCAACUGAGGCUGUCACAAAACCAAAAUAAUUACCAGAUUUCAGGAAACCUUACUGUGCCUUGGAUUACAGGUUGUUCCAGAAAAAGAGCAUUACAGGACCGCACACAAUUUAGUGACCGAGACUUAGCUACCCUAAAGAAAUACUGGGACAAUGGCAUGACCAGCCUGGGCUCAGUCUGCAGAGAGAAAAUUGAAGCUGUGGCUGCAGAAUUAAAUGUUGACUGUGAAAUAGUUCGGACUUGGAUUGGGAAUCGAAGACGGAAAUAUCGUUUAAUGGGGAUUGAGGUCCCACCCCCUAGAGGAGGUCCUGCUGAUUUCUCUGAUCAAUCUGAAUUUGUUUCUAAAUCAGCACUUAACCCAGGAGAGGAAACUGCUGCUGAAGUGGGGGAUGAUAAUGAUAGGAAUGAUGAAGUAUCAAUCUGCUUAUCUGAAGGAAGCUCACAAGAAGAGACAAAUGAAGCUCUUCAAAAUGAAGAAAUUGGCCACAAAGAUGAUGACCAGCAUCCAGUUUCCACUGAUAAUGUGAAAAUAGAAAUUUUGGAUGAUGAGGAGAGUGAUCUGAUCAGCAAUUCUGAAGUGGAUCAGAUGAGUUCUCUUUUGGAUUACAAGAAUGAAGAAGUCAGGUUCAUCGAGAGUCAGCUGGAGAGCCACAAGCAGAAAUACUUUGAGCUGCAGACGUUUACCCGGAGUUUGAUACUUGCAAUUAAAGCAGAUGAUAAGGAACAGCAGCAGGCUCUGCUUUCAGACUUACCUCCUGAGCUGGAAGAGAUGGAUUUCAACCACACCUCCCCGGAGCCCGACGAUACCUCAUUCAGCCUCUCGUCGCUGUCGGAGAAGAACGCCUCAGACAGUUUGUGAUGCUCUGCUCUGGAGACACAGCACAAACCCCAGCGAGGUGCAGAGGAGACACAGAGACAGAGAGAGGCUUUUGCUCUGCAGUGUUCUCAGCCCUGGCUCCUCACAGCCUUGCAGUGCCCAGGAGUUGGCAGCGCUGGGUUUGGAAAAUGGAAGAGCUGGGUGAGGGCAGGGUUCACUGGUAGCAGCUUGGCCUCGGGUAGGAUUAACUUUGACUCUCCAGAACAACUCUGGCUCUGUAGCAAAGUCUUUUUUGAGCAGGGAUGCAAGAGUGGGAAACACACACAGUGAAUUCUCCAGCUCCACGUGCUCCCCAGGCCUGUUUAUUAUAUUUUUCCCCAUUUUUACUCAGGUAGGUGGACUAAAAAUUGGGGAUCCAAAUAGAAUAACGGGCUUUCUCUGAGUUGUGCUUGAAAACCUGAAAUUAAACUGAAGUGUUUUUUGUUUUCUGA